GCAAGAUUUCUCUAACAUAACGUUCGGUAAAAAAAAAAUCCAACAAUUAGGCACGAACAUGUCUACUGCCUGCCUUGUUUUUUUUAUGUGGGAAAGAGGAAAUAACGAAGAAGAAAGGCAGUAUGAUCCAAUGAAGCUUUCCCCACUUUCUUGUUUAGUAUAUAAAUCCUCGUGAAAUGAAAACCCCUCGCACACUCACAUGCCCAUAACCAUAACCAUAACCCCUCUUCCCCCACUGCCUUCUUCAUUAUCAUCAUCACUCACGUUUUUCACUCUCUUCUCCUUCUACUUUCGCCUCCUUUCCCCUUUGGACCGAUGGAUUCCUACUCUGUUUCUUUCAAAGCUAAUACCCAUUUAUCGAGUGAUCUGAAGAAUGGGUUUCAUGGGGAGAAAGUUAGAGGAAGUUUCAAUGAAAAUGGUUGGGUUAAUCGCCUAGCUAAGACCUUCAAAUCUGACAAGAAACCUUUGAAGCUCUCCCCUAAUGUUGCUUAUGCUGUCGCCACGCCUAAUCUCUCCAAGCAGGCUGCGAGCAUUCAAGCGCCGCCGUUUUUCAAAGCAAAGGUGAAUCCUAAGAAUGUUGCUUCCAUCAUAUUGGGAGGAGGAGCUGGGACUCAGCUGUUUCCUCUUACUAGAAGAUCAGCUACACCCGCUGUUCCAGUUGGAGGAUGCUAUAGGCUUAUAGAUAUUCCAAUGAGCAACUGCAUCAACAGUGGGAUCAACAAGAUAUUUGUGCUUACUCAAUUCAACUCGGCUUCGUUGAAUCGGCAUAUUUCACGAACCUACUUUGGAAAUGGUGUCAGUUUUGGAGAAGGAUUUGUGGAGGUUCUUGCAGCCACUCAAACACCAGGGAAAUCUGGUAUGUAUUGGUUCCAAGGAACUGCUGAUGCUGUGAGACAAUUUACUUGGGUGUUUGAGGAUGCCAAGAACAGGAAUGUUGAGAACAUUCUAAUUUUGGCAGGGGAUCACAUGUACAGAAUGGACUAUAUGGACUUUGUGCAGAACCACAUUGAUCGAAACGCUGAUAUUUCAAUCUCGUGCGCAGCUGUGGGCGACAGCCGUGCAUCAGACUACGGAUUGGUGAAACUGGAUAGUAGAGGUCGGAUUAUACAGUUUGCUGAAAAGCCAAAGGGUGCCAAUUUGAAUGCAAUGCGAGUAGACACAACUUCAUUAGGUUUGUCUCGGGAGGAGUCGUUGAUGUCUCCUUACAUUGCGUCGAUGGGAGUUUAUGUUUUCAAAACCGAUAUUUUGCUAAACCUUUUGAAGGGGAGAUAUCCUACAUCUAAUGACUUCGGUUCUGAAAUCAUUCCUGCAGCUGUGAAGGAGCAUAAUGUCCAAGCAUAUAUAUUUAGAGACUAUUGGGAGGACAUUGGAACAAUAAAGACCUUCUACGAUGCAAACUUGGCCCUCACGGAGGAGUUUCCUAAGUUUGAAUUCUAUGACCCCAAGACACCUUUCUAUACAUCUCCUCGAUUCCUACCGCCAACCAAGAUCGACAAAUGUCAGAUUGUCGAUGCAAUAAUCUCACAUGGAUGCUUUCUGAGAGAAUGCAAUGUCCAGCAUUCGAUAGUCGGUGAGCGGUCAAGAUUAGACUACGGUGUCGAACUUAAGGACACUAUAAUGAUGGGCGCAGACAAUUACCAAACCGAACCCGAAAUUGCUGCUCUGCUAGCAGAGGGAAAAGUUCCUAUAGGGAUUGGACGAAACACGAAAAUCAAGAACUGUAUAAUCGAUAAGAACGCGAAAAUCGGGAAAGAUGUUAUCAUUAUGAAUAAAGAGGGCGUUCAAGAAGCAGAUCGGCCUGAACAGGGAUUCUACAUUCGGUCGGGAAUCACCAUUAUACUGGAAAAGGCAACGAUCGGUGAUGGCACAGUUAUAUGAACAGAUCGAAUACCUCGGUUUGGAAGACAUGUUAGAGAAGGAAAAAUGGUGUGAAGUUUUCAGGAGACUGCCUGGGGUGUGGCAGGUGAAGAAUGGCGUUUGCAGCAUUGUGGCUGAGAGAACAAGGAGAAGAAGGAAAGCAUCCACAUAGGGGAGUUCUAAACUAGAGAUUCUAAGUCUUAAAGUGAAAUUCUCUUCAAUAAGAGUGGCUACUCAGCCAGAUUAGUAGGUUAUGUUAUGUAUAAAAGAAAUAUAUGUUUAUGUAUUAUGCACUACGUUAGAUNUUUUUUU